GUGAUGUGUGAAGUCUAUAAAGCGUUCCCACUGAGGUUUAGCCAGAAGAUAUCAAGUAAGGGGAUUAGAAAAUAAGUUGCUGAUUACGCUGUUUUGUUGUUUUAUUUUGAUACCUUAUUUAACAAUGGAUUUUACAUGCUGCUUAAGGAUUCAUUUAGCUUUGUUUCCUGCUUAUGUAAUCUGUUUGGGGAGUUAUGAAGGGAGCAUGCCAACCGCUAAUUUGCAAAGAGUUUCAGCACGCAUUUUCCCCGUGAUUGGCCCUGAGGUGAAACAAAUGGGAAACUGGAAUGAUCCUGCUUACAGUUCUGCUGGCCCGCCCCACCGUCAAGGAAGUUAUGACAAGAGAUUGUUUGCAGGAUCAAGUGUAAAAUCAGAUUCGAAAGAGUGUCAGACUUCUGCUAAAAGCGAUAAUCAAGACAAUCAUGUGAUUCAGGUCUUUCAACCCUCUGUUCAUUAUGAGUCUCAUACAGCUGCUGAUGCCUUUAAAAACGUGCAGCCUGGUAGCCGGCUAGCUUCUACCUCAUCUCAGAGUGGGUUCACCUCUAUGAGAAGCCUAAAAGUACCUGAACCAAACCCCUUAAAACCAUCUAGAGGUGAGUCUAGUUACGAGGUGGCUAAAACUGCUGGAUCUAACAAGAUGUUUGUAGUAAAACCUCCUAAAAACACAUAUGGCCAAAUGGAGUUCAACUCUAAGGUUAAUGGAAACCUACCUGCAAGAGGCCCAAACGCUGGAUCAAACUCCAUCUCAAGUCAGGUUUCCCGUCAGUAUGGUUCAUCUGUGGGGAGCCAGAGUACUAGCAAACUCCAGACAGCCGGUAGCAGUUAUGGACCAUUGCUGAAGGGAAUACCUGGGUAUUCAAGUAUGAAUCCAAGAAAAACUUCUCAUGAUGGGUUUAAGUACACUGAGGCCAAGCCUUCGGUUGUUAGCUCGGGGCCAAUCUUUGUAGUUCAAGGUGGAGGAAAUGCUCAAGGUCUUGGUGGCUAUAGUGGGCAUCCAGAUUCAGUAAAACCACUUGGAGUUCCCAGUCAUGUUGACUCCUAUCAGGCCAGUCAGAACUUUAGAGAUACUAGAUUGACUGCCAGCAGUCAGGGCAAGUCCUGGAAUGAACCUCUUCACUACUCCACCAGUGGAACUCAAUACAAUCCCGUUCCUGAGCCAAGAAAACCAUCCGAAAAUGAUUGUAGGGACAAUGAUGCUAGAGCUUCAACUGCCAGCACUGGUGGGGUUCUUCUCGGUGCCUCAGAAAGUGCUCAGAUAAACAAGUUACCACCUCUCUAUGAAUCUACUCGCCCCAAAUUCCAGCAGACCUACAAUAUCCGUGGUCAACCUAAUCAAAUCUUUGAGCCCUUGUACCCCUCUCGAAGUGCCACUCAGCAUGGUGUGACCAAGUACUCAUUUGCGAGUUCUGGUGCAAUCAUGAUGAUGCAGGCUCCUGCAAAACUUCAAGAUGGAGCAGAAUCCAAUAAACCCCAAGUUCAUACUAGCUCUCCAGAGCAUAAAGUACCAUUUGCCCCAGGUCAGACUGCUCAAUACCAACCUCUUCAAGUGAACCAGGAUUCCAGAAAUGUCCAGCCAGCCACUAGCACUUAUGCCAGCUCUUCCCAAACUGGGUCUCAGGCCUUCUCUUCUGUGAAGAGAACCCCAUACAAACCUAGUACAGUGCUCUCAAGGCCUUCUACCAGUAAAUUCGGAUUCAGUGCCACUAAACCCACUAUUGCUAGAUCUAAUGAGAUCAACACCGUCCACGUAAGGCUUAAUAAACCACCCACAAGCAGCUUUGGUCGUUUUCAGAACCAAUGGGGUUUUGGUGACAUUAACAGUGGCGGUUUCCAAAGUCCCUUACCUCCAAGUUACCCGAACCAGAUACCAGGUCAAAAUGUACAAAAGCCUGUUAGUUCUUCAGCCCGUUAUCCCGAAAGAGUCCAAAGCCAAUCCACUGUAAAUACAGAUGGCACCAGGCUUAUUACUGCCAUUCCAAGUGGGUUUGGCCAAGGUACCAUCCGAAGGAUUUCUCCUACACUUUCCAGCAGCUACAGACAAGCUGAGCAAAACCAGCAUCGAGUUAACAGUUUGGGUUCCUCUGCCUCUAAAUGUGAGGUGGCCCAGAAUAGCCCUGCAGGUUUUGGUCAACAGGGUCCAGUCAGAUUCCAGGAAGCAAACCUCUCCAUCUAGAAGCAGAUCUCAACGUCUGCUUUAAACCUUGAUUAGGUGCGUGUUUGGAGGCUGUCAGUCAUCAGGCUCUGGUCUCUGCAAGGACUAUAGGAUGCUCCGACUGAUCCGUUGCGCUGCUGUUCAGUCCUGGCAAUUUAUGACUCUACUCUUGAUGCACCACCCUUUCAAAGGCUGUACAUAUAAUGUUAAUAAAAAUGUUAAGCCCUCAAAAAGUUUACUUUCCAAAUUGUCACUUUUUUUAAAUACUGUGUAAAUAAAGCUGAAUUGUCCCAGA